AUGUUAUCAUCACACAACAAUCAUUAUCAACCAACUCUGAGGGUGAGAAACAUCUCAUCCGAUGAUUUUGAACAUGAGCAACAUCCACCACAUCAUCACGAUGAAGAAGAAUUGGAAAUGAGAACAACAGGAGAGCCUCCACACUUUUUAAAAGAUAAUUUCGAUUAUGCACACUUUGAAAAAUUGGCUCUUAGUAAUGUGGGAUUAAAACACGAUGAGCAUGAUGAUCACUCGGAGGGACACUACUUGGAGAGAUCUUAUGUGAGCAAGGGUGGUCUGGUGGUGAAUAUUCCACAACAACAAGAGGAUGGAAAUAAUAACGGAAAUGGAGAAACACUGGUAGCCUUUCAAGAACAUUCUGACGAUGAACAACAACAGCAAUUCUCAAGUAAAUUACCAAAGGUACCACUUCUUAAGGAGAUGAAUAAUACAUCAACUGCUGCUGGAAAUCAUGAUAAUAUUACGAACAAGCCAGGAAGACACUACUUUGCACCAGUGGAAGCAACACGAGAGGAAAAGUUAGCGUACGUGAAGAAGGUAGCAAGAACCUUGUUCAUGAUCUUUCUUGUUAUUCUCAUGAGUGCUAUGGUAGUCAUUGAUUACAUCUCCAAUCCAAAGAAUACCUGGGUGAUUAGGUUGAGUAUUUUCGUGUCGAUGGUCAUCUUGUGGAGGUUUCUGUAUGAAUACCUCUUUGAAAUUAUAUUUGAGUGGAUAUUGGAGUAUCUUGUUUACAAGGAGAAGAAGCAAACCUCUGUCUAA